GUUGAAGAUGUUUACACAGGGUCCCUGUGGAAUGCUCAACUUUGGUGCUUGGUUGUGAUGGCAGUGAGGGAGCACUGUGGAUCUUCAGUAAAAUAAUCAUUUAUCUGGCUUUUAAUAUUUUCUCAUUUCUUUUGUUGUUGCUGGUAAGGGUGAGAAGCAAAGAAAAAACUACCCAGCAGUGUGAGAAUUCAAAUUGUCAUUAUUUUCCUGUGUACUUCAGAGGGUUUGCAAGGCACUUUGCCUUUUUGAAGUGGCUAACCUUCACUUUUGACAACACUUGGGCACUUAAGGAGACUUCAGGACAUCUUCAACCAACUGAAAUAUUUUUAGGCAUCAGAACAAAAACCAUCCAGAGUAACCAAUGAAAGCGAGUGAAACGAUGAGUAGCAGUCUUAAGGAUGAGUUUCAUCAAGAGGAAUUAGUUUCUCUUGGAAUUGGAGGAAAGGGAAGGUUUCUCAAGGGGAAGGUUUGCAAUAUGUUGCUGUUUUAAGUGGCAAUGUGUAAAGCCUAAAUCUUAGAGGAGCCACUGUGGUUGACUGUGAGUCUUCACCCACUCAUCCAAACAGCAGUAAAAUGACUGUACUGAAAGAAUUCGUGCUUCUAACUGGGAACUUCCUUGAGGCUUGGUUGCAGCUCUUCAAAAGUGACAGCUGGAUGGGGCUGGACUUGGACUGGUGCCUAGCAAGGCUUUGGGGUGGUGAAGUGCUCUCUGAGGGCAGCCCAGAUGACUCAGGAGCCUGUGCACAGCCUUGGGUGACAACCUUGAUUCUCACAACCAACUCGCAGAAACUGAGCACCAGGACCAGACAUUGAGGCAAUUCUGUUUUGUUCUAGUUUUACUUUUCUCUUUCAGGGCAGCCCCCCUCCUCCUUCCUUCUAAAUUGUUUUCUCCGCUCAGUUGAGUCUCAAAGCCUUUCUCCUGCUUGUCUUGAACAGCUGGAAUGUCUCUGCACUGAAUGAACAGGCAAGGAGCAUGACGUGGUGGGACCCUGGAAGGGUCUCAGGCUCCAGGAGGAACAACCCAUCCAUCUCACCUGCAAUGCUGGGAGCCAGGGACGUUUAAGAGCGCCUCAGAUGGCUGCCUGCAGCCUGCCCCUGGGACUGUGGCUCCUGCUGCUUCUCCACGAUGUCCAGACAACCCCCCAGGCAUCAUUAACCCCACCUCAUUCCUGUAAUACACUAGAGAAUUGGUUCUAUGACGAAGCUUCACAAAACUGCUGUUACCGGUGUCCCUCAGGCUAUAUUAAAAAGAAAGCAUGUCCUCGGGAUCCAGCUGAAGACUGCAUGACAUGUGGACCUGAUCAAUAUUUGAACAAUAUAUUCUCAAAGCCACAGUGUGAUGCCUGUGUGUCAUGCUCAAAAGAACCGGACCUGGUGGAGAAGCAGCCCUGCUCCCUCACCUCCAGCCGCACGUGCGAGUGCCGGCCCGGCCUGUUCUGCCAAACGUCUGCCACCAACACCUGCAUGCGCUGCCGGCACCACUCUGCUUGCAAGCCCGGCUUUGGGGUCAAAAUCAGGGGCACCCCAGAAAAUGAUGUCAUUUGUGAAGAGUGCCCUCCUGGGACCUUUUCUGAUCAAAGCUCCAGCACAGACAUCUGCAAACCCCACACCGACUGUGCCAAGUUGAAUAAAGUAACGCUAAGGAAAGGAAAUGCCACACAUGAUCAAGUUUGCCUGGACCAGUUGCCCACUUACCUCACCCCAAGCACUUUGUCCGUGAGAUUCAGCCAUGAAACAAAUAACUCUGACCUGAGGAUGUUUAAGGAGAACCUGGUGACCUCUGGUGACCUUCUAAGUGUCACCACAGCUGAAAACCCCAGUUCAACUCCUGAGGAGAAAGCUCAGGCUGGCACAUCUCCCACCAAAGCUAAGGGGGAGAUGACAAUAGGAGGUGUGGUGCUUUGGGCAGUGGUUCUCUCUGUGACAGUGCUUCUUGGGGCCUUGCUCAUCCUCUGGAAAUGGAAGGUUUGCAAGAAGCGGAUCCUGGUCCUCAGAAGAAAGCGUUCGGAUCUCGUGAACAAAUGUGCAAAGAUCAUACUGACCACUGACAGUGGGCCAGAAGAGGAGGAGUUAAUUGACAGAACGCUUCCUUUGGAAACCAACAAUAACUUGGUGUCCAGCACAGAAAAAGCCCAGAGUCCUCACUGGAGUGGGACUGAUGUGACACCAAGCAGUGGCAAUGCCCCAGACUGCCCUGUGGAUUCUCGAGUCAGAGACCACACAAAUAACAGGAUUGAAAAGCUCUACAUCAUGAAGGCCGACACUGUUAUCGUGGGCUCUGUCUCAGAAGUGCCCAGUGGCAAGAACUGUGCUCUUAGAGGAUGGGAAAGUAACCUGGAGGCCCAGGAAAGCAUGGAAGAGGAACUGGAAAUGCACUACCCAGAGCAGGAAACAGAGUCUUUUCCAGGGAAUGAUGUAAUGGUUCCUGUGGAAGAGGAGGGGAAGGAAUUUCACCACCCUACCACUGCCACUGAGAAGUGA